CCAGAUCCGGUGCAAAGGUUCUCCACAUACAUUGGCGUUUCAGGGUGCUAUCUGCCUCUGAGCUUCACCAAAAAUGACCGAAUGGACAAUCAACUCGAACGAAGCGCUCACGCUUUCCCUUGUCCGAUCACCUGCCGACAAAGCAGUCCUCGGAGAAGACGAGACGUAUGAGGACUUUCACCCCACAUUCACGUAUCCAAUAUACGGAGACGAUGAGAAGAUAUACGGAUACCAAGACCUUAUUAUUGAUCUCCGAUUCGCUUCCGGUUCCCUUGCAACUUUUCUCAAAGUAUCUUCGUCAGCGACUCUGCCAUCAUCCUCUACUGCUGCUGUCAUCGACGAUCCCUAUAACACCCUCAUGAAGUUCCUCCCUGAAGACACAUACAAGACCGAGGAGGCGUUCAUGGGACGGGCUGAGACUGAGGCGGAUAUGUUCAAACCGUAUGGAGAGAAGGUGUCCGAUUAUCAACGGCCUGCGCCGGGGAGUGGUGCCACGCCUCUGGGAGAGAUCGCGGGCAAUGCUGGUGAAGUGGGCGGAGGAGAGGACGUCAUAACGUAUGAAAUCUGGCAUGCAACCUGGGAUACACCGGGGUUCCGAGAAUAUCAUCGACGAAUGCAGAUAUUCAUCUUGUUGUAUAUUGAAGCUGGUUCGUACAUCAACGAGGAAGAAGACUCGUGGGAAUUCAUGGUCCUUUAUGAAAAGCGUAAGCGACGAGAUGCGGCAAGGACAGAAACAUAUCAUUUCAUGGGAUAUUCUUCCUUGUAUCCGUUUUGGUGCUUCCCAGAGCGAGUGCGCCUGCGCCUGAGUCAGUUCAUUAUUCUUCCGCCAUAUCAGCAUAAAGGGCAUGGUUCCGGCCUCUAUCAAGCGAUAUAUAACUAUGUCCUUUCGAAACCCGUGAUCUCUGAGCUGACCGUGGAAGAUCCUGCCGAAGCAUUUGAAGACCUUCGCGACCGAAACGACCUCAAAAUGCUUAUAUCACACGAGCAAUUCAUGCGCGAGGCGUUCGGAGAGAAGGGUGCCGGAGUUUCGAGUGGUGGAGGAAGGGUGGCGAGGAAGAAGGCGGUCACUAGCGGAAAGAAGGACAAGGGUAGAUUAAUUCCCCCUGCAGACAGGGCGUGGGUGGAGAAGUGGAGGAAAGAUCUCAAAGUUGCGGGACGACAAUUCAGUCGCCUAGCGGAGAUGCUGAUCCUCUUACAUCUAGAUACGACGAAUACACUUGCCGUUAAGGCUUUCCGGCUGCAAGUCAAGGAGCGAUUAUAUCGUUUCAACUUUGAGGUCUUAGUCCAACUAGAAGACCAAGAAAAGCACGAGAAGCUGGAAGAAACCUAUCAAAGCGUCAUAGAAGACUACCGGCGGAUUCUCGACAUGGUGCGGUAGCGUCACAGGCAUCGAUAUGUGUGCAGCUGUGUUGGACUAUGGUAUGGUCGUCCAUGACAAGCAAAUCGAUACUUUGGCUCAAACUCGGCGAGCUUGCAACGUUUUUACUCUCUGGUGGCCAUUGAUGUCAUUAUCAGACGUUCAUUAUCUUUCGGGAAGUCUUCAUACCAGUUUCACGGCGUAUUUCCUGUUCCUUUUGUCACAUCUUAGCCCAUAUGUAUCGAUUAACAUUUGUCAGGCACACCACCUGAACG